UUUUGAAAACCUGUCAUCACAACAUGGGAAAAACAGUGGAUGGGAUAAAGGAGAGACCUAAAUGGGACAACAAAAUCCAGUAUCUCCUGUCCUGCAUUGGCUUUGCGGUUGGACUUGGGAAUGUAUGGCGUUUUCCCUAUCUGUGCCAAAUCUAUGGUGGUGGUGCAUUCCUCAUCCCCUACCUGAUAGCCUUGGUAUUUGAGGGCCUUCCACUGCUUUACCUGGAGCUGGCCAUCGGACAGAGGUUCCGCAUUUCUGCCAUCGGUGUCUGGACCUCCAUCUCCCCCUUCCUGGGUGGAGUCGGCAUAGCCAGCAUGGCGGUGUCGUUCCUGACAAACCUGUACUACAAUACCAUCCUGGCCUGGGUGCUCUGGUACUUCUUCCACUCUUUCCAGGAACCCCUGCCCUGGAGUCAGUGCCCACUUGUUGACAACUUUACAGCCUUCAACAAGGAAUGUUUGGACAGCACGCCGGUUAACUACUUCUGGUACCGCCAGACCCUGAACAUAACCCCGGACAUCGAGACCAGCGGCUCUCUGCAGUGGACGCUGGUCAUCUGCUUGGCCACCGCCUGGUGUGUGAUUUAUAUCUGCUUCAUCAGGGGCAUCGAGACCAUGGGAAAGGCAGUAUAUGUGACAGCUACCUUCCCCUACCUGGUGCUGACUAUAUUCCUGAUACAAAGCCUCACUCUGCCUGGAUCCACUGAUGGCCUGAUAUACUUCUUCACUCCUGAUUGGAACGUGCUGAAGAAUCCCCGGGUGUGGCUGGAAGCCGCCACUCAAAUCUUUUUCUCACUCUCAUUGGCUUUCGGAGGUCUCAUCGCCUUCUCCAGUUACAAUCCUGAGAAGAAUAACUGUGAGCGAGAUGCUGUUCUGGUGGGUGUGAUCAACUGUAUUACAUCUAUUUAUGCAGCCAUUCCCAUCUUCUCCAUUCUGGGCUUCAAGGCCACCAACAAUUACAACUCCUGUCGCAUGAGCAACAUCUUAUCUCUGACCAACCACUUGGUGAUUGGAGACCAGAACAUGACACUGGCCAACUACGAACAGAUGAUUGAAUAUCUGAACAGCACACGGCCAAAUGAGGUUGCAGAGGUGAAACUGAGGUCCUGCGACCUUCAAAAGUUCCUUGACCAGAGUGCGUCUGGUUCCGGCCUGGCGUUCAUUGUGUUCACCGAAGCGGUGAUAAAUAUGCCGGGCUCUCAGGUCUGGGCCGUGCUGUUCUUUGUCAUGCUCUUCAGCCUGGGCCUGUCCUCCACGUUUGGAAACAUAGAGGGCAUUCUUACCCCUAUUCGGGACCUAAAACUGGUGCCAACGUGGAUCCCCAGUGAGCUGGUCACAGCUGGUGUUUGCCUUAUCUCCUUCCUGGUGGCCCUGGUGUUCACCCUGGGCUCAGGGAACUACUGGCUGGAGAUCUUCAACACCUACGUGGGCUCAGUGCCACUGCUCAUCAUCGCCUUCUGCGAGCUGAUCGGAGUCAUCUAUUUCUACGGGAUGCAAAAGUUUAGUGACGACAUCCUCUUCAUGACUGGGAAAAGACCCAACAUCUUCUGGAGGGUUUGCUGGAGGUUUAUCAGUCCACUGUACCUGCUGGCGGUGUUUCUGGCCUAUGUGGUUAUUCAGGCCCAGCAGCACCCACAGUAUCCUGCAUGGAACCCUGACUAUGUCCAUUUCCCAGAGACAGAAGCAAAGGAUUACCCAGGAUGGGUGUUUUCCAUUAUAGUCAUCCUCUCUGUGUUGCCGGUGAUCUCCAUCCCCCUGGUUGCCUUUUACAGACUGAUUUGCUGUGGACUUGACAGGAAGUCUACCAAGUGCAGUGGCACCAAUCCCUACAUCAACAGUGGUUAUGAGAUAGAAACAUAAAAACGGUAGCCUACCGACUUUGAACGACUGGAAAUGGGUGUCUGGACGUGGCCGAUUAGCAUGGCUUCUGUUGAUGUGGACGAUGACAAUUUUUGGCUGUUGUAGUUAAAUCACAUUUUCAACUGUGAUCGGCCUAUAUUAUGCUUUCUAAUUAGAGAUGGCAUAGUAAUAAAGAUAACCGUCUGUGCAUAAUAAUAUAUCAUCUCGACAACAUAUGGGUUUAUGUUGUGUUUAUUUUGACUACAUUUUCUUGCAGCGAUUGGAAAAAAGCAGACAGGAUUAAUAGUAAUUUAACAGUAUGCCUUUAUUAUGGAUUAUAUAAUAACAUUUGUGUAUGUAUUUUGGAUAAAGAUCAUCCGUUUUUUUUUUUUAAAAGAAAACACCCUUGAUAUGAUGACGUAGCAGGGUUACUGAAUACCAUUGAUGAUAGAAAUAUAAGCAAGCUAGUUUAACCAAAAAAGGCCAACACACAUUUCCUGGAAAAUCCUGAAUCUAAAGCCAACAAAAACAAAAGGUGUCUGAAUCGGUGUGGUUCAACAGGAAACACCCAUAAACUAGUCACAUUUCUAUGAAAUUUGGCAGUUUUUUAUAAAAAAAAUAUCUUAUGAAAGUACAAAAGUACAAUUGGCUAAAUGAAGGCUACUUAUUAUGGUUUUGUGGUAUCUGUUAUGUAGAACAAUGUUCCCGGUGUUUCUUUCAUAACCCUCGCUCAGCCCUGGAACUCACACCAUUAUCUGA